AUGGUAGCGGGAAUGGAUAACACAGAUUUAGCAGUGCUUUGUGCACUUAUCUUGGCCGUAGCAGCUUAUAUGAAGAAAGAUAUUAUCAAAGAGCUGCUAUUCUCCAACGAUGAUGCUAUUACUGCUGAUGAUUCUGGUUCCCGUGAUAUCCUGCAAGUCAUGAAGGAUAAUAACAAGAACUACUUAGUACUUUACGCUUCCCAAACUGGUACAGCUGAAGAUUAUGCUAAGAAAUACUCCAAAGAGUUGGCAGCUAAGUUUUCAUUGAACGUUAUGUGUGCAGAUGUGGAAAACUACGAUUUUGAGAGCUUGAAAGAAUUACCAUCUAAUGUGGUGGUUUCUAUCUUCGUGGCAACCUACGGUGAAGGUGAGUUUCCAGAUGGUGCUGUACAAUUUGAAGAUUUCUUAAACGAAUUGAGUGAAGGUGCAUUGACCAAUGUUCGUUACACACUAUUCGGGUUAGGUAAUUCCACUUAUGAAUUCUACAAUGGUGCUUCCAAGAAAAUCUUGCAGCACAUGGAAAAGGCGGAAGCCACUCUAAUUGGUGAGCACGGCCUUGGUGAUGAUGGUGCUGGUACUACUGAUGAAGACUACUUGUCUUGGAAGGAAAACACCUUUGAAAUCUUAAAGGACCAAUUGAAUUUAAGUGAACACGAACAAAAAUUUGAACCUUCUUUCCAAUUGGAAAAAUUAGAAACCAUUGACGAAAAAGUCUCCCUGGGUGAACCUUCUUUACACUAUUUGCCAGCUAACAAGCUCUCAUUCAAUUCUGAAAAUGUCCAAGUGGGUCCAUUUGAUAUAAACCAACCAUAUUUGGCCCCUAUUAUAAAGACUCACGAAUUGAUGAAAAGUAAAGACCGUAGCUGUGUUCACAGUGAAUUCGAUGUUUCUGGAUCUAAUAUAAAAUAUACUACAGGUGACCAUUUGGGAAUUUGGCCAUCUAAUGCUGACGAAAAAAUUGAAAAAUUCUUAUACGCUUUUAACUUGAACCCUGAUACCAUCUUUGAUUUGAAACCCUUAGACUCUACUAUCGAAACACCUUUCCCUACGCCUACUACCAUCGGUGCAGCUGUAAGACAUUAUUUGGAAAUUACAGGCCCCAUCUCCAGACAAAGCUUUGGUUCUCUUGUACAAUUUGCACCAUCGGCAAAGAUUAAGGAAAAAUUACAAAAUUUAGCCGCUGAUAAGGACCAAUUCCACAUUGAAAUUACCUCUAGAUACUUCGAUUUGGCAGAUGCAGUAUUACACCUUUCCGGAGGUGCUAAAUGGGAAACCGUACCAUGGGAAUUCCUAAUCGAAUCCAUUGCUCAUUUACAACCUCGUUAUUAUUCUAUUUCCUCUUCUUCAUUGUCAGAAAAACAAACUAUUCACACUACUGCCAUGGUGGAAAGCGCCCCUAACCCUGCUGGUGGUCCAAAUGUGGUUGGUGUCGCUACCAAUUUAUUAAAGAACAUUGAAGCGGAAAUUAAUGGUAAGAGUACCGAUAGUUUAGAUGUUCAUUUCGAUUUGAGGGGUCCUCGUGCACUUUUCUCUGGUUACAAAUUACCAGUUCACGUUCGUCGCUCUGCCUUUAAGCUGCCCUCCAACCCUCAAACUCCACUUAUUAUGAUUGGCCCAGGAACUGGUGUGGCUCCAUUCCGUGGAUUUAUUAGAGAACGUGUAAAAUACGUGGAAACUACCGAAAAUGCUAAGCUGGGUAAACAUUUGUUGUUUUACGGUUCCAGAAACUUGGACGAUUUCUUGUACAGAGAAGAAUGGCCAGUCUACGCUAAGAAAUUGGGUAAUGCGUUUGAAAUGGUUGUUGCACACUCUAGAUUGGAGAAGCAGAAGAAAGUUUACGUCCAAGAUAAACUGACAGAACGCGAGAAGGAUGUCCUUGCACUACUUAAUGAAGGUGCAUUCUUGUAUGUUUGUGGUGAUGCGAAGGGUAUGGCUCAAGGUGUCCACCUUGCCCUAGUGGAGAUCUUGGCCAAUGGUAAAUCCAUUUCGAAGGAGGAUGCGACUGAAAUGGUUAAGAUGUUGAAGACCACCGGUAGAUACCAAGAAGAUGUGUGGUAA